AUGGCCCCCCACGACGGCCUCGUCCACCCGGAACAAUACGACCUAAAAGACAGCAACGUCGAGCUCAUAAACUCCUCCCUCGACCACCGGGUCAAGCACGCCUCCGCCGCCACCGAGCCCGCCUGGAACAACGGCGCGAUCGGGUCCCAAGCCGGCCUCUUCAUCUGGCGCAUCGAGGACUUCGAAGUGAUCCCGUGGCCGAAAGAGCGCUACGGCGAGUUCUACGACGGCGAUAGCUACAUCGUUCUGCACUCGACCAAGAUCGAAAAUGAGGAUGACAAGCCCCUGCGUCAUAACAUCUUCUUCUGGCUCGGUAGUAAGACGACGCAGGAUGAAGCCGGCACGGCUGCGUACAAGACCGUUGAGCUAGAUGAGUUUUUGAAUGGUGCUGCGACGCAGCAUCGCGAGGUGCAGGGGUAUCCGUCCGAGGAGUUUACGGCUCUCUUCCGGCGCAUUACGAUCCGGGCUGGUGGUGUUGCGAGCGGAUUUACGCAUGUUGAGGAGGAGAUGCCGAAGGAGGUAACUACUUUACUACGCGUUUUUAAAUCGCCGGGUGGUGGGAGGGGUGCGCCUAUUAUCGUUUAUGAAGUUGAGCCUACGUGGAGGAGUCUCGACGACGAUGACGUCUUCGUUCUGGAUAAGGGCGAGAAGAUCUGGGUCUGGCAGGGGAAGAACUGCAGUCCGAUGGAGAAGGCCAUGGCUGCGCAGGUGGUUAGCGAUAUGACGCUUGCCAAGCACGUUGAUGUGGAGGUCUUGUCGCGCCAUGAGUCGCGGUCGAGGAUUGUGGUUGAUCUGCUGGGUGGGAAGGAUGAUGAGGGUGUGGAUGUUACGAGCACGUUCAAGGCGGCGCGUCCGGUAUCGCAGGCUAAGAGGGCUUUGGAGAGUUCGGACGGCGAUCGCCCGCGCAAGUUGUUCCGGCUUAGUGAUGCCUCUGGUGAGCUUGAGUUUGAUUUGGUCAAGGAGGGAGGGAAGGUUCGGAAGUCGGACUUUGAUGGAAAUGAUGUCUUUCUGUAUGAUGUUGGCAGUCGGCUUUGGGUGUGGCAGGGGCUCGGAGCAAGUCAGAGAGAGAAGGCGCUGUGGAUCAAGGUCGCGCAGGCUUAUGUUCGGCGCAUUCAGAGCCAGGAGUCGGAGUCUGAUGUGUACUCGGUUCCUAUUUCCAAAGUCGUGCAGGAUUAUGAGAGCCCGUCUUUCCUGAAAGCGGUUGAUGUUUAG